GGGGUGUCCCUCAGCCUGGGACUCGGUUUUCGUGUUGGGGAGUCAUGGCCACUCGUCGAGCUCUGCACUUCGUUUUCAAAGUGGGGAACCGCUUCCAGACGGUGCAUUUCUUUCGAGAUGUCCUGGGGAUGCAGGUUCUCCGUCAUGAGGAAUUUGAAGAAGGCUGCAAAGCUGCAUGUAAUGGGCCUUAUGAUGGGAAGUGGAGUAAAACAAUGGUGGGAUUUGGGCCUGAAGAUGACCAUUUUGUUGCAGAAUUGACAUACAAUUAUGGCAUCGGAGACUACAAGCUUGGCAAUGACUUCAUGGGAAUCACCCUUGCUUCCAGCCAGGCUGUCAGCAAUGCCAAGAAGCUGGAGUGGCCACUGAGUAAAGUUGCAGAAGGGGUUUUUGAAACUGAAGCCCCAGGAGGAUAUAAGUUCUACUUACAGGAUAGAAGUCCAUCUCAGUCAGAUCCUGUAUUAAAGGUGACUCUAGCAGUGUCUGAUCUCAAGAAGUCCUUGAACUACUGGUCUAAUCUCCUGGGAAUGAAAAUUUAUGAGCAAGAUGAGGAAAAGCAACGGGUUUUGCUGGGCUACGCUGAUAACCAGUGUAAACUGGAGCUACAGUGCAUCCAGGGUGCAGUUGAUCAUGCAGCAGCCUUUGGAAGAAUUGCCUUUUCUUGUCCUCAGAAAGAGUUGCCAGACUUAGAAGACUUGAUGAAAAGGGAGAGCCACUCGAUCCUGACUCCGUUGGUGAGUCUGGACACCCCAGGGAAAGCGACAGUGCAGGUGGUCAUCCUGGCUGACCCUGAUGGACAUGAAAUUUGCUUUGUUGGGGAUGAAGCUUUUCGAGAGCUCUCUAAGAUGGAUCCAAAAGGAAGCAAAUUAUUGGAUGAUGCAAUGGAAGCGGACAAAAGUGACGAGUGGUUUGCUACAAGAAAUAAACCAAAGGCUUCGGGUUAGUGAAAGACACAUGAAGAACACAACUCCAGUCCAGUCUGUUAUCAGUCUGGCACUUAUCUGUUUUGAGAAAUGCUCCCACCACUUGGCUGUGUCCUGCAUAGGAGGUCUGUGUGGUAGUUUCACUCUUCAAAGCUCUGUUUUUAGAAAUGAAAUAUUUUUAUCACUCUUGGUAGAGGCAAAUUCCUACUGUGUGUAAUUGUAUUAAAUUUGAUAACAAAUUUAUAGUCCAGACUGAGACAACUAUAUGGAACAUUACUCUUGGUUGGGGCUGGAGGAAAAUCUGAUUACCUGUUAAUCAUGUAGAUAAUAUUGAAACAAAUGUCAGAAUGAAGCCAAACCAGCUAGGCAUGGGGACGCAUGUCUUUAAUCCCAGCACUUGGGAUGCAGAGACAGGAGGGUGUCUGAGUUGGAGGCCAGCCCGGACUAUAGAGACCUUUACUCAAGUAAAACACAACAAA